AUGCUCGCCGGGGUGGGGCUGCUGUUGAACAGAUUCGUCCGCGCCAAAAUCGUGGAGUGGCGCGAGCGGAGGUUUAAGAGGCGGCUCGCGGAGGCGGAGAAGGCGCGGCGGGAGCGCGAGGGCGGCGGCGGCGCGGACGGCGGCGCGACGGUUGACGAUCCGUCUUCCACUUCCUCGCGAGGCGGCGGCGGCGGCGGCGGCGGCGGCGGCGGCGGCGAGCGCGCGCCCGGGGAGACGUGCGUCGUGUGCUUAUACGAAGCCGCGUCCGUGGUGUACAAGGAAUGCGGGCAUUUAGUGUGCUGCGAGCUGUGCGCGCGGCGGAUGACGCGGUGCCCGCUGUGUCGUCGGAAGAGCGCGUGGAUGAAGGUGUUCAGGGCGGGGGGGUGA